AUGGCAUCACAACGGCUUCGUGAUCUCCAUCUCAAGCAAGAAAUGUCUCAAAAGUACGCUGCCGACCAGCCAGCUGGCUUCAAUAACCAGGUCACAAAAGUCGCCAUCGUGGGUGCUACAGGCUCCGUCGGGGAGUACAUCACCAAGCACCUCCUCGCCACCGGGAAGCACAAGGUAACCGCCAUCACUCGCGAGGACAGCAAAAGCACCAUGCCCUCCGGCGUCAACGUCGCCAAGAUCAACUACGACCAGCCCGAGUCGAUCGCCAAGGCAUUGCAAGGCCAGCAAUCUCUCAUCAUCACCAUGAAGACGGGCCAAAUCGAGCCCACGAAGAAGUUGGUGGCCGCCGCUGCGAAGGCCAAUGUCCCAUGGGUUGUUCCCAACGAGUACUCGCCCGACCUCGUUGCGGACCCGAAGAUGGGCAACGAGACCGGCCUUCUCCCUGCCAUCGUUCCAAUCCGCGAGGCUAUCCGCGACCACUGUGUGAGCUCAUACGUUGGCCUCUUCUGCGGGUAUUGGUACGAGUAUUCUCUCGCCAACGCCCCGCAAUGCUACGGCUUUGACUUCAAGAACAAGAUUGCAACCUUCCUCGACGAUGGCCUGACCAAGAUCAACACGUCGACAUGGGAGCAGUGCGGUCGUGCUAUGGCGAGUCUUUUCAGCCUGCCUCAGUACCCGCAGGAUGCCAACGACAAGAGUGUGACAAUCAGCCGUUGGGCCAACGAUGCUGUGCGUGUCGAAUCGUUCUUCGUCAAUCAGCGAGAUAUGCUUGACAGCAUUCUCCGCGUGACUGGCGAAAAGGAGUCUGAUUGGACGAUCAAGUACCAGCCCGCGCAGGAGCGGUGGCAGGAGGCUUGCGAGAUGAUGAAGGAGGGCGGCUCGAAGGCUGGCCAAGGAUAUAUCCAGAAGAUGUAUUCGAGGGUCUUUUACAAGGACGGAAGCGGUGACUUCACCGACAAGUUGGAUAAUGAGCGCUUGGGUUUGCCGAAGGAAAGCCUCGACGAAGCAACGAAGAGGGCGUUGGAGAUGGUUGAGGGCGGGUACAACUACUUCGCUCGUGGGUAG